AUGCCGGUAUCUUUGCCUUUCAUGCAGCCGACCUACGGAUCUAUGCCUCGCCUGGAUUGUCCGAGCGACUUGGGCCGUGACGGCAGCAUCGAGCCUGGGCUUGAUGGCGACCCAGCAGGGGAGGAUGUAAAGGCCGAGGAGCCCAGGUUAGAGCUUUCAGUUUUAAUCGACUCAACGUCCACCCCUAGCCCGCCACUGGCAUCCAGCAGCAAUCUGGGCGUCAUGCCUGAACCAAAGCGGACCAAGAGGGAGAAGGAGGCAAGAAAGGAGCAGAAGAAGGAUCAGAAGAAGGACCUGGCGAAAGAAAGCGACAAGAGCGGCAAGGAAGCUCCAAAGCCGGCCAAGGAGGCAUCGAAGCCGAAGGAGGCUCAGAACAUGGAUGCGAAGGAUGCCAAGGUUCAGAAGGAAGAGACGUCAAAACCCGAGAAGCAAAAGUCGCCGGAAGAGCUCCGGCGCGAGAAGCUUCGGCAAGUUGAGGCAGAGGUGGAGCGCUUCCGCCAGCAGCUGGAGAAGCAGCGCUACGAGCCGGAGGUGGUGCAGAUGAAAUGCGACCGCCGCCGGAUGGAGCUGCUUGAGGCAGCCGCACACGAGGAGUCCUUCUCGCUGCGGCAGAAAUCCGUCGAAGCGGCAGCUGCAGGUGCCUCGGAGUCCCUGCCAGCCAGCAAAGACAAGGAGGCAACCACAUCGCAGCCUCAAGCGGCUGCCAAAGAGGAGGGCCCCAAGGAAGGCAAGGAUGGCAAGCAGGAUAGCAAGUCAGGGAGGGAAAAGGAUGCCAAAGACUCCAAGUCCAAAGAUGGCAAAGAGGCCAAGGCCGUGAAAGACUCAAAGCCACCAAAGGAUGCAGCACGUGACAAGGUCCGGACCGCGCCGCAGACGAAGGAGAGGGAGAAGGACAAGGAUAAAGACAAGGAGAAGGAGAAGGCCAAAGAGAAGACGAAGGAGAAAGAAAAGAGCAAACCCAAGGAUCAGGAGAAGGACAAGGAUCGUAAGAAGAGGAGCCGCGAACGGCGGGAGAGCAGCUCAAGCUGCAGCCGAAGCAG